AUGACUGCUGAAAGAAGUUGGAUGUAUGCCCGUCUCAGAGAUGGUUUACUGAAUCCUAGAUAUUUAGAGGGUAUCAAUGAAUUUAUAGAGAAGGCUAAGACCUGCACAGAAUAUUUAAAUGGCGAUCAGAUUCGUUGUCCUUGCAAUCGAUUUAAAUGCCAAAACCGUAGCUUUCAAGAUGAAAAUACAGUUAAAUAUCAUUUAAUGAAGCUUGGUUUUGUGCAAAAUUACCUUGUUUGGUAUUUGCACGGUGAAACUGAAGUGCAUGACGGAUAUGGUGAUACACUAUUAGACAUGUCUUAUGGUUCUGACAGUGUUAAUCACCCAAAUUUCAAUCGUUUUGAGGACAUGGUCAUGGAUGCAACAAGCUGUCAUGUAAUGCAUAAUGAUACAUAUGAGAUGCCAAACUUGGCUACACAGAAACUGUAUGAUAUGUUAAAUGCAUCUAAGCAAGAAUUAUGGCCUGGAUGUGAAACUCACUCCCAGUUAUCAGCUGUUUCACGUUUACUAAAUCUGAAGGCGGAACAUCAUUUCUCAGAACGGUGUUUUGAUCAGAUAUGUGAACUCAUGAAAGAGAUGUUACCGAGUGACAAUGUCAUGAUGGACAGCUUUUACUCAACAAAGAGACUAGUCCAAGGAUUGGGGCUUCCUGUACAAAAGAUACACUGUUGUGUUAAUCGUUGUAUGAUUUAUUGGGAAAAUGAUAAAGAACUUACACGAUGCAAAUUUUGUGACCAUGAAAGGUUCAAACGCCUGAAGCACACCUUGGGGAAAGGGAAGAGUCAAAUACCAUACAAAAAGAUGUAUUACUUCCCCAUUACACCAUGUUUGCAAAGACUUUAUGCAUCGUGUGUUACAGCUAAGUAUAUGACUUGA